CGUUAAUUGAAAAUGAGAAGCGAUGUUUCGGAAGGGAACAGAAGCAGCAAAACGAGCGUGUCUGCUGCCAGACCGCCGCUGGGUGUCGCGGAUUUGGUGCACCAUUUGCAGACUGGGCGAACGGUGACAGGGGAGCCCGUGAGACCGUACAAAUGGCUCGAUUUUGCAGGAGGUGAAAGGUCACCUAUGGAGCUCCGGGUUUCGCGAGUGAUGGAGAGUUGCUCGUUCAAGUCAGCUCUCAGCUGUGUGUUGGGAUUUGGUUUGGGAGGAGCAUUUGGACUGUUCAUGUCGGGACUGGAUUCGCCGGUCACCACAGAGAAGAUGACAGCGAGAGAGACUCUCAGAGACAUGGGGGCCAAGUCAAAGUCCUACGCCAAGAACUUUGCACUAGUGGGCCUCAUGUUUGCCGGCUCAGAGUGUGUACUGGAGAGUUAUAGAGGUAAGAGUGGACUAGGGACCAGUACAAUGGCUGGCUGUGCUACUGGUGGAGUGAUUGGCCUUAGAGCUGGUGUAAAGGCAGCAGCCUUUGGUUGUGCAGGAUUCGCAGCAUUCUCUGCUGCAAUAGACUAUUUCCUCAGACACUAAUUAAGCAUUACUUCACUUCCAUCCAACACACUACAUAUAUCAAUCAAUCUACUGUGACCACAUGUACCUACUCUAAGGCCACACUGGUAUUAGAUGUUGUAUAUAAUUAUGAGGCACAAAAUUGAUCGGC